GUUUGACAGUGACACUGACAGUCACAACAAGUUUGUCAAGUCAACUCGAUUUUUCAAUAGCUUCGAACUUCGAAGUUUAUUUAUUUAUUUGGGCUUAGAACAUUACAGUUGUUAAGGUUUUUGUCUAAUUCUGUUCCUAAUUAGACUGGUGAACACAAUGUCAACUAUGAGCGGUUCUUCUUGGGAAGAGUUGCGAAAGCAAGCAAGACUGCUGGAGAAUGACAUAGACAUGAAGUUGGUUGCAUUUAGUAAACUGGGCAUGAGUUCAGCUCCAUCGGGGCUAAGUUCAGAGAGCAUGCCUCUUAUCAAUAGUGAAGAUAUGUUUGACACAAUGUCGAUGGAGCUGGAACAGUUAUUGAACAAGCUUUCCUCAAUAAAUGACAAAAUGGCAGACAUUGCACCAGGAGGCAAUGCAACUAUGCACACUAUCAAAAGGCACAGGGAAAUACUUAUGGACUAUCAACAAGAGUUCACGAAGACGUCGGCGCGAGUGAGUGCGCGGCGCGAGCGUGAGGAACUACUGCGCGGCAGCAGCCCCACACCGGUGGCCGGCCUCAGUCGCCGCGACCAGUACUCCAAGGAGGCCAACCAUUUGCACAGUUCUCACAUCCUUGUAGACGAACAGAUAAACAUAGCGAUGGAGGCUCGCGAACAUCUCACGUCGCAGCGACAGACGUUCAAACGGAUCCAGACCAGAUUUAAUGACAUCACAAAUAGGUUCCCCCUGCUGAACAGUUUGAUGUACAGAAUCAACGCGAGGAAACGCCGCGAUUCCCUCAUCUUGGGCAUCGUUGUAGCAGUCUGCACCUUCCUGUUGCUCCUCUAUGCGUUCCAUUGAAGCAAACUCUUUUCUAAAUGCACUAUAUUAUAAGCGAUUGGGUUGCAAACCAGGCAGCGGUGUUUUAUUGGUGUAAUAUUUUUUGUAAGUGGAGUCCAGCCCAACUAUCUAAAUUAGACAAUCAAAUAUACCAUUUGAAAAUUUAUGUAUGUAGGUAUGGCCUUUCAAAUUGCAUCAGUAUUAGAAAGGUUUUUACAAAAUGAAAAUAAAAUGACUAAAUUACAAGAUUUUACACAUUGCGUUUUAAAUAAGUUUAUAAGUAUCUUUCAAAUGCAAGACAUCGUGAUAGGAGUUGCAAUUCAAAACAGCCAGGGCUAAACGUCUUGCAGGACACAAGCUCAUCACACUGGUAGAAUAUUACUGAAAAUUUUUGGACAAUUCGUAAGUACUUUUAUUUUGAUAAAGUACAAUUUCAGAUCAAAUCACUCGCUAUCGCCUGCAAUAUUUACUUUAAUAUUCGUCUUUUUCAAGAAACUGACUGUUACUAGCAUUUUGCUCACAUGAAAAAGAUUUAAUUACAGUUCCAAAUAUUUCCCCCCUUAUUUAUUAAUAAAGCAUAUUCUUUGCUUAUCCAUGUUUUGUCUCUGCUAAUUGAAUGACAAAUGUGACAUUUGAGUGAUAUGCGAUUUAAGUUGAGAUUUAUAGAGCUAAAAGGAUCCCAUAAAAAACAGUGAUUAAAUUUUUGUUCUACGACAAAUAUUGACGAAGUUAUGACCAAAUUACUAAAUAAAUUUUCGGCUGACCGCGUGUUGACUGACGUCACAGAGCUCUAGCGCUCGGGCGCGAGCAUGCGUAGAGACGCUACUAAAGUUCGACCGGAGUGACCACAAUCGAGCUCUGUGAUGUCACACGUUUCGGGCGCCGGUAAAUAUUGGCUUCCAUAAAAUUAGUUGUAUAAAGAGCAACGAGUGAACCGAUUUCGAUGAUUUAAAAAACAUAUAAUUCAAAAGCUUAUUAGAUCAUUAUACUCUUGAUUUUGAGUUGAUUUGCUCACCUAGUGAUUAUCCUAAUUGUUUUAAAGUUAUUGUAUGAACAUUGAAAAUCUGUCUUAAUCCGUUGAAAUAAAGUUGUCCUUUUAUUUCACGAUAUUAGAGGCAAGGUUAAAAAAACAAUGUUUUUAUAUUAUAUCCCAUCAGGCAGUGCAAAAUUAAGUACGAUCCCCAAAAUAACAGCAUAAUAUUGAAUAAGUAUUUUAUUGCAUUUAAUUUUUUAGCACCGCAUCUAACAAUACAAUCGACCAAUAAUAAUUAGAUAAUGUUAUACUUUAUAAUGCGAUCAUAACACUUUAACUAUAGGUAAAAAAUGGUUUAACAACUAAAUAUCGCAAUAUUGUUAUUUAAUAAGAUAGGUUACUUAAUUGCCUACUUGAUAAGAUUUACUCUUGUGAUAGUUAAAUGACUGUGUGUAGUGUAUGUACCUACUGUAAAAAUAUACCAUCUAAUGUAAAUACAACUAAAUUGUAGCAACACAAAAAUAAAGGAACA